CUCACAGCAGAGCAACGAUUCAUCUGUUGAAUAUUUGUGUCGGCGGGCGGAGGGAGUGGAAGAGGUCAUCUCAGCAGCGGAAAGUGAAGGAAACGAGCAAUCACGACAAGGAACCAUCCAGUGUGCAUCAGUCAGCUACUGACAGUUAUGACGACGAUUGUAAUGGAGAGAAUCGGGCGAGUGUUCAUCAGCCUGCAGCAGAUCAGGCAGGUUCCCCAGAUGCUGACUAAGGCGGCGCCCUCCAUGCCCGGCACCGUGAGAGACACUGACGUUCCCUACUACUUCAGGGAGCGCUAUGUCUGCACCGGCUACCGACCGCUCCACCAAAACUGGCGCUACUACCUCCUGUCCUUGUUCCAGCGCCACAAUGAGACCAUCAACAUCUGGACGCACCUGCUGGCAUUUUUAGUUUUUCUGGUUAAAUUGCGCCAACUUUCUGAGACGGUGGACUUUAUUGGCGAUGCUCAUUCGUGGCCACUGUUGAUCCUCAUCAUGUCCUCCUUGACCUACUCGGCAUUCAGUGUAGCAGCUCACCUACUGGGUGGCAAGUCUGAGCUGUAUCACUAUACCUUCUUCUAUCUGGACUAUGUUGGGGUGGCGCAGUAUCAGUACGGCAGUGCUGUCGUUCACUUUUAUUAUGCUGUGGAUGAGAGCUUGCACAGACACGUGCAUGGGAUCUUCAUGCCUACUGCCACAAUCCUCAGCGGUCUGUCAUGCCUGGGAUGCUGCUACGGCAAAUACCGUAACCACAGCCUACCGACGUGGGUGCGCAAGGUGGGCCAGGUGGUGCCCUCAGCCCUCGCCUAUAUCUGGGACAGCAGCCCUGUGGCUCACAGACUCUUAUCCUGGUCUACAGCCAGCAAUGACCCAGCAAUUAUCUACCACUUUGGCCAGGUAGCCUUCUUUCUCAGCUGUGCCUUCUUCUUCUCCUUCCCCCUGCUAGAGCGCUGCUUCCCUGGACGGUGCGAUUUUGUGGGACAGAGUCAUCAGAUGUUCCAUAUUUUUCUAUCCUGCUGCACCCUGUGUCAGAUCAAUGCCUCGCACCUCGACUACGUGGGCCGUAGAAAGCUGUACUCACGUCUGCAUAGGAGCGGUGAGGCCGCUGUCUUUGUGGGACUGUAUGGGGUCACUCUGGUUGUAUGUGCACUAAUUGUUGCCUUCAUGCUGAGGAAAGCUAAACACGUGCUAGGUCUCAAACCCAAGUCCAAAUGAUAGACACGAUGCUGCAGGAACCACGUGCCUUUCCCUCCAGACUUACUGCUGUGAUAGAAAGGGAACUAAUUAUUUAGUAUUAUGUAUACGACCACUGAAAUGUGAACAUUUCAUAACAGUACGUGGCAGAUUACAAGAGGCAUACAUAAGGAUAUUUGAUAUUAGUAUUUUGAUGCUCAUAUGUAUUUAGAAUCUUUGGAACAAUUCAUAGCAUCAGAAUGAAUGUAUCAGCUGAAAAGCACAUUAAUAUAAUCAAAAUCAGACUAUCAGAACUUAUAUAUCACUGCUGACAGUAUUUUGUCAUUUAUAGGUGUCACUGCUGUUACUGAUAAAAAUAGAUGAUGUGCGGUUGGAGUUGUUUAAUUAUAAGGUUGUUGGGAUUUUUGGUUUAGGUUUUGCAGUUAUGCUAAAACUAUGUUGACAUAUUUCACCCAAGCAAAUUUUUGAUUUUUUAAAAAUCAUAAUCAUUGAAAUGGUUUAAAGGUGAUAACACUGAUGACAGCUUGUAGAAGACUGGCAACAUUUCUCCUUCAGCAAAAAUGUUCUUCAUAAUUGAGGUUCACACAAUAUGAUACAGUAUCAUGAAAACAAUCUACCAUUUUGCAGUGCAGUACCUUGCAGGGCCUUUGUCGUUGUGCGUUGAGAGCUCAUUGCAUGUUUUGAAUGGGUGCUGAUUGGGUAUUGCCUUCUUUGCAGUUGUAUUUUCAAAUGUGACUUUGACUUUUCUGAUGCCUAAACAUCAUCAGAUGAUGACAGAAUGUGUUGGUUCUUCAGAAGCUAAAGCCUUUGGAUUCAAGUUGCCAUUUUCAUGUUUUUAUAGGUUUGAAAGACAUGAUAUAUUUUUCAUUGCUAGCCUGAAAACCCUUUAUUUUGUUGUUGUUGUAGUAGCGCAAGUCCAAUUUCACAGCUCUUUUAGAUUGAACUAAAUGUAGUGCUUUUACACUAUUUAAAGGUGCAAUUAUACAACAUUUAGCCCCACUAGAUGUCGCACUACAGCACCAGCAUCUCAGACCAAAACAAAUGCAUACAUAGUUUACUCAAUAAUGUUGAGGAAAAAAAGAAAGCAGCAUCUGAACACACGGCUCACGAAACUCAGAUCAAACUGUCAAACUAGGCAGUCCUGAUCAAAUAUGUAUAAAGAUUCUCUUACUGCGUUGCCUAUUUCUGCCUCAAAUUUUUUUCAGAAACAUAUUUACUGUUUUGCUGUAAUAUGGGAAACUUUGUGACCUGGCUGCCAUGUUGAAGACGGAUGCAAGGAGGACAGGGAGAGACUCACAUGCACUGAUAUGCACGCACAGCUAUACCGGCUUCCAAAACAAAGAACAGAGAAGCUCAGAUAACAACACACACAGAGGGAGUGUGACUUCAUUCUCUGCUCUGGAUGA